AUGAUUGAUGCCCUAACAAACAUCUGCAAUAAAAUCUGGCAGACAGGAGAAUGGCCAACCUGCUGGACACAGUCAUUGGUCAUCACACUACCAAAGAAGAGGAAUCUGCAAAAGUGCCAGAACUACCGGACCAUAAGUCUCAUAAGCCAUACCAACAAAGUCAUGCUGAGGAUACUUCUCAAUAGACUGAAACCACAGGCAGAGACCAUCAUUGUAGAAGAACAGGCUGGUUUUAGGGCAGGAAGAAGCACAACAGAACAAAUUUUUAAUCUGAGAAUAAUAUGUGAAAAACAUCUUCAGCACCAACAGGAUCUGUACCACGUCUUCAUCGACUUCAAAAAGGCUUUUGACAGAGUAUGGCACGGCGCAUCGUGGGCCACUGUGAGGAAAUACAACAUCAGUACCAACCUCAUCAGAGUCACUGAACAUCUUUAUGACCAUGCCACAAGUGCUGUACUACUGAAUGGUACACAGACCUAUGGUAUGGAAAUCAGCGCAGAAAAGACAAAGGUAAUGGCCAACAACUCAAAUGGCAUCCAAAGAAUCAUCCAAGUGGAGGGUCAGAAACUCGAAACUGUUGACAGUUUCAAAUAUCUUGGCGCCAUCAUCUCAGACGCUGGAUCCAAAAAAGAGAUCUUGGCCAGAAUUACACAGUCAACAGCAGGACGAGUUGAGGCAAAUGAAAUGAGAUGCUACCGAAAAAUCCUAAACAUCUCAUACAAGGAUCACAUCACCAACGAAGAAGUGCGCAACAGAAUUUACACAGUCAUCGGUGCACCUGACAGCCUGCUAAGCAUUGUAAAGAAAAGGAAAAUGACCUGGUAUGGACACGUGACAAGAUCAAACGGCCUAGCGAAAACCAUCUUGCAAGGCACAGUACCAGGAGGCAUACAGAGAGGAAGGCAGAAGAAGAGGUGGGAAGAAAACAUCAAAGAAUGGACAGGACUGUCCUUUGCAGACUCGCAAAGAGAAGCCCAUGACCGCUGUAGAUGGCGGGAGAUUGUCACGAAAUCGUCAUUUGUGCCUCUACAACCAACUCAGGUGUUAAGAGACUGA